AUUUUGCACCUUGAGUGGUUGCUGCCCGCAGGAGGCGCUGUGUCCAAAGGAAUGUGUUUGUGCGUCUCUAUGGUGACUUGAGGCUCGCAAAUUUUUAGUCUUCGAGUGCAAAGUCAGGUUUCCACGCGGCUUUUUGAGCCAUCAUCCAUGGAGAAAAAGAUGAACUCUCACACUCUGUUCAGCUGCUGGACGCCGUUGAGCAACCACGUCGAGAACAUGCAGUUAUUUGAUGAGAGGACCAGCUUAGUGCUCCACUGGUUUGAUCUGUGGACUGACCGACAGAGGAAACACAUGCUCCAUUCUCUUCUGACGCGAUGCACCAAGUCUCAGCUCAGGUACUGUAGAGAUCUGCUGACCGAAAAACUUCCAUUGACCCAAGUGGAUUUCACAGCGGUGUUACCUCGUUUCCUGUCACUUUACAUCAUGUCCUUCCUUCCCCCUCUGGAUCUUUGCUCUGCUGCACAAGUCAGCUGGCACUGGAGGGUUCUAUCUGAACAGGACUGUCUCUGGGCCGGGCGCUGCAUACGGCAAGGUUGGUUUCUUCCCUAUACACCUGGAGAAAAAGAGUUUGGCGCUUGGAAGAACCACUUCAUCUCUUCUCUCCAUAAACUGGACUGGCUGACUCCUCGUGAGGCGCCACAGCGGUACUGGAGAUUUAACCAACUGUGUGAAGAGGCAGAAGAAGAAGAAGAAGAAGAAGAGGAAAAACUAAAAGAGAGCAGAAUCAGGCAGAUGAUCAGAGCGAAGAUUCAAGAGGAGAAGAGAAAAGCACUGAUAACAAGGAAAGCCUGGAGCAGCAGUACAAAGUUGGGGCCAUCUGGAAGUCGGACCAUGCAAAGCCAAACAAGCAUCCUUGAGACAGUAUUCAGGACCUCUGGAUCUCCUGGCGUGAGUUUGAGCACAAGCGGUGGUCUGACCUUGGAGGAAAACAUGAGGUGCAGCUUGAGCAGCGUUAGUGGUCCACUUUCUAAGUACAUCUCCAGACCUGCGCCACUACAAUCCUCCAGCAUCAACACACUUCCUGCAACGUGCUUGCUGUUGGUCUCGAACAGAAUUCCUGCUUACGAGCUGGUGCUGUGCGGCGUCAAGGCCGAUGUAAUUGUGAUCCUCUACGACCACCGAGGGACUCUGUCGGCACUGCUGUGCCAGGUGGAUGGCGCCGUUUCUGGACGCACCUUUCAAAGGCUCGGCCUGUUGGCACCAGGAGGAACAGAGGAAAUCCACCUGUUUCACAACAGCUGUUUAUCAGACAGAACCCUUCUGAUUCCAGCCCACCGGAAUUUCUGGGAAAAACUGUCCAUGCUAGUUGUCCCUGCUGAGCAAGGCGGUGGGAUUGACAUUUUCUCGCCAUGUGCGGCAUCAACUGCAGGUGUGGCGUUCAUGCAGAAGCUCGCAGCUAUUACAGGGCUGAAGGUUUCGGCACCAAUGGGUCUCGCGACUGGAAGUUUUCAAAAUAUCCUUAGUGAUUGGUCUGAUGGUAGUAUCAGUGCCAUCAGGCUCUGCGACCCCCAACCGGGAGGACCGGCGCUUCAUUACAUCAGUGAGCCAGUCCUGCAGAGCUGGUGCAGACAGGUCCAGUGGAUGGAGGAAGCACUCGGGGAGAUGAAAGCGUGUCUGGAGUUCCGGUUUCAGCAGGUUGGCCUUCAAGCCUGCGGCAGAGCUCUAGGUCAUUCGUUGUGGGAGAGAGUCCGUCUUGAGGAUCUAUCUUUGCCAGAAGACAUAAGCAUGGCUCUUACUGAGGGACUCACUAUUCUCACCAAGCAGGAAGAGAUGAGACCCUUUGAGUUUCUCGCUGGCUUUCUGAUGAAAUGGAGUGAUGAGAAGGAGGCCAGAGAGGAGACACAAUUGUCUAACGGAUCUCUGAUUUCGGGGCAUCCCCAGGUGCACUUAGACUGGAGAGGCGUCAUCGUCAGAGAGUUGCAACUCAGCGAAUUUCUAUACAUCAGCAGACUGAGUGCUCUUGUGAAGGCAUACCAGGAGCCUCUCACGGCAGCCCUCAAUUCCAACAGAGCCAUUCUCAGCUUUGCUGACAUGCAUGUUGUGCUGAGCCCCGUUGCGCAAAUUCUGGACCUCAACAGGGCAUUCAAGGCAGAUUUAGAUGCCAGACUGCAGCAGUGGGGAGCAGAGCAGUGUGUUGGCGAUGUGUGCAUGAAAUUGUGCACACAGCUCAGAGUUUACACAAACUACCUCAACAAUUACACAACUGCUCUAAGUACCAUUGACAAGUGCAGGGAUGAGAAGCCAGCAUUUCGAGCUUUCUUGAAGAGAACUGACAGAACACUUGCAACACACAUGCUUAGUUUACAGGAGCUCCUGCUGUGUCCAGUGUGGAGAAUCCAGGAGUACACGACUCUGCUGCAAGCUCUGACUUUGCAUACGCAUGACAGUCACCCUGAUCACACACACCUCUCCUCAGCCCUUAACACCAUGCAGCGAUACACAAAGUUUAUCCAAAAUCUGAAGCGCAACUGUGAAAGAGACCGGCUGUUGGAGGAAACCCAGCAUAGGAUCCAAGGCUGUCCGAGGCUCAGAGAGGGAAACCGUCAGCUGAUAACCAGUCAGGAAGCUGCUUUGCUAUACAGCCCGAAUGAGCAUAUACCAGAGUCUCUCAGGACCUACGAGCAUGUGGCAGACGUCUGCCUCUUCCUGUUCACUGAUAUUUUGGUGUUGACGCGGAGGCAAAAGCAACACACACCUUUCACAGUAUUGCACAGAAGCACACACACGUUCCUCGCCUGUGUGGCGCUCGCCAAUCUGACCGUGCGCAGGAUCGUGCACUCACGUUAUGUGGAGCAUGCCUUCAUCCUGGAGGGGCCUUCAUGCUCUUGGAUUUGUGCCACAGAGCGAGACGAGCAGAUGAAGCACUUCCUGUGCGUGCUGAGCAAUGCCACACAAAUAACGCUAACAGCCACAUGAUCAGCAACAGGAUGGCAAUGCGAGGACAGAAGCAGGUUGGUGAACUCGUCGCUUUUCCUCAUAAAGUCGCCAUGGUUGCGCUUUUCGGCCGCCAUCUUGUGCAGGACCUGUUUGUGGGCCUGCUCCACCAUCAACAGCUGCUCCAGCAUGCGGCG